CCUCUUGUGCUUUCCUACCUCAUAUUGGACGAUCUCCCUCCAGCAAAGUUCGUGUUGACCCGCCUCCCUGACUCAAUUGCUUCGAAGCCACUCCCCCAAUCCCUCUUCAAUAUUUUCGCUUCCGUUUGGGAACGCAAAUAUGAAAACGUCUAUCCGCGCGCGGAAGCGCUAAUGGACAUCGCACAUCAGGCGGAUUUCCCAGAGGGCCUGGCUUCCUUGAUCGCGACUCUGGUUACACAGUUUGUUGAAUCAUUUCGCAGGAGGACUUUUGCAUUGAUUUCGCGAGCGUACAGUUCUAUUCCGCUUGCACUAGCACAGGCCUACAUAGGACUCAGCCAGGAGGAACUUCUCGCAGUGACUGAAGCGAACCAGUGGACAUAUGAUGCUUCCUCGCAGAUUCUUACACCUGCACCUGUUGCAGGGCCACGCUCGACUACAUAUAUAUCAGGUACAUCAUCACCGUCUACCUUGAAAGCGCUCGACCUGAUUACAGAUAGCGUAGCUCUUCUAGAGGCUUGA